CUCUCUCUCUCUCUCUUUCUGCCUUACCCUCUCUCUCUCUCUCUCUCUGAUGCGGGGAGCAGCGCUGUGCCGUGUGUGUGUGAGCGUGUUGCUGAGAGAUGAUGAAACAUCCGCGUCAGUGAGCCGUUGGGAAGCUUCUCCCUGCCUGAGGAUGUGAGAGAAUUGGAGGCUGAACGAGGGAUCCACUCCAUCCUGCAGGCCGAGCCGUCUGCACAGGCCUGCUUUCCCUCUUUCUCUCUCUCUCCAUCCUCUCUCGUGAGGCAUCACUCACCCUUUUUUCCCCUCCUUGUUCUUCCUCUGUGGAGCAAGGGGAUCGUCAUCCCCCCAUCGAUUCUUUUUUUUGUGGUGGUGGCUCCCUCCUCCUCUUCCUCCUCCUCCUCCUCCUCCCCCCCUCUCUCUCUCCAUCUCCACCACCUCCUCCUCCUCUCUUUUUUUUCUCUAUUCUUCAAGAGGACCUCUUUGGAAUAGCAAACCUCCAUGUAUGACAAUUUGUACCUGCAUGGAUUUGAAGACUCGGAGGCGGGUUCAGCUGAUUCCUACACUAGCAGGCCGUCUGAUUCAGAUGUGUCGUUGGAGGAGGAGAGGCCGGAGGGGGGUAGUCAGGGCCGGCAGGAGCGAGAACAGCAGGCAGCACAGCAGCUGGAGAGGGCAAAGGCCAAAGCGGUGGCCUUUGCCGUGAAGACAAAUGUUAGUUACUGUGGUGCGCUGGAUGAAGAUGUGCCUGUGCCAGGAACUGCCAUCUCAUUCGAUGCAAAAGACUUCCUGCACAUCAAAGAGAAGUUUAAUAAUGACUGGUGGAUUGGGAGGCUGGUGAAAGAAGGCUGUGAGAUUGGUUUUAUCCCCAGUCCCCUGAAGCUGGAGAAUAUCAGAGCACAGCUGGAACAGAAGAAAAGCCGUGUACAAGGUAAGUCCAGUGGAAGCUCCUCCUCCAGUUUGGGGGAUGUGAUGUCAUCAGGCAAGCAGAAACAGAAAGUGACUGAACAUGUGACUCCCUAUGAUGUCGUGCCUUCCAUGAGGCCUGUGGUGCUGGUUGGUCCAUCCCUGAAAGGAUAUGAGGUCACUGAUAUGAUGCAGAAAGCUCUUUUUGACUUCUUGAAACACCGGUUUGAUGGCAGGAUAACUAUCACACGUGUGACGGCAGACAUCUCACUGGCGAAGAGAUCAGUGCUUAACAAUCCCAGCAAGAGAGCCAUUAUAGAGCGCUCAAAUACCAGAUCCAGUCUUGCUGAGGUACAGAGCGAGAUUGAGCGCAUAUUUGAACUAGCUCGCUCACUCCAGCUGGUUGUGCUGGAUGCAGACACCAUCAACCAUCCUGCUCAGCUGUUGAAGACUUCACUAGCACCCAUCAUCGUCCAUGUCAAAGUGUCCUCGCCAAAGGUCCUCCAGCGGCUCAUCAAGUCCAGAGGAAAGUCGCAGAGUAAACACCUCAAUGUACAGCUCGUAGCAGCAGAUAAACUAGCACAGUGUCCUCCGGAGAUGUUUGACAUCAUCUUGGAUGAGAAUCAGUUGGAAGACGCAUGUGAGCACCUGGCUGAGUAUCUUGAGGCGUACUGGAAGGCCACCCACACCUCCAGCAGUACCCCACUCAACCCUCUGCUGGGCAGGAACCUCGGCCCUGCUGCCCUGGCCCCUUACACUACAUCUGCCAUAUCCGGCUUGCAGAAUCAACAGGGACAAAAAACACGGCACGCCAACCACACCGGGGACAACUCCACCCCCAACGAACGGCGCAACCUGAUGACCUCAGAUGAGAACUACCACAACGAGCGAGCGCACAAGGGACGAAACCGGGGCUCCUCUGGCUCACAGCACGGCGGCAGCGGUCGAGACCACCACUACAUGGAAGAGCAGCAGGGCUACCAGGACCCCUACCAGGACACCUACAAGCCCCACCGCAAUCGCAGUUCCCCAGGCAGCUACAGCCAGGACUCACGACACCGGCUCUGAGCCACCCUGCCCCGUUUCGUCCUCCAAGCCUGAGCCACAGAGCCACCGAGCCAAGAUGGCUUCUGUCCAGAAUUGUAUACAUCUUCCAUUACGUUUUCCUUUUGUUAAGGUCUCUCAAGCUACAAAGCAGAAACUGUUUAGCCCCCCCUGAACCUCCGCCAUCUGACCAAAGCCUGCAUUUCCACCUGCUUAUACGAGGCUCAGCGUGGGAAAAGAGAACCUUUUAACAUGCAAUUGGAGACAGUUGUUAUGCCUUCACAUGUUAAUAUGCUUCUUGACUUUUUGUUUGGUCUAUUCUGUUGCAAAAAGGCAGGUUUUCCUUCUACCAAGCAACCAUUUAACUUCAAAAUGGAAUUGAAUGAUUGGUUGGCCCUUAAAAGCAAAUAUUCUGUGAAGCUAGCAAUAGCAGAGAAUCAAAGGGUGUAUACAGGAUCCCUGAAAACUGAAUAAGGAGCUCAGUUAGUCUUUAUGUCAUUAUUGCCAGCAUGUUACCUGACCGCAUGCUUCCCUUGUCAUUAGUGCAUAACUUGAGCGGACAGACCAAUAAGCAGGAAAGUGGCUGCCAAACUGGAACAUUUCAAUAAUAAUGGAACACAAACCUACUGCCAGCUGUCUUUUGUUACAGAAAUGGAAUCUUAAAUAGUUUUCCAAAGCCUCAAAAUCUUAGGCAGAGGAAUUUCCACAUAACUUCUGCCGUAAACAGCAGGAAUCUUAGAUUCAGCCGCAGACAGCCACUCAUCUGUGCAGUUUAGCAUGAUGCACCGCAUCCAGUCCCAUGGACCCAUUUCUUGCCAGGCGUUAUUUUCUAGUUUAAAGAGAGAGCUUAAAGACAUAGGAAUGCUGAACAAAAGUGUCGCUGUGAUCUAGUCCUCAGUAGAGUUAGCAAGCAUUGACUUUUUAUGAUUCAUUUUCAUCAUUUUAAAAGCAGAAAUGAUGGUACGUUGUAAUUUAGAUAGAUCCAUCUUUUCUCAAGGGUGCUUGAUGUCUCUAAAAAAGACCAUCAGCACUAAAUGUGACUCUAGGGCGAAAAGGUUAGAUUAGCUCGGAUUCUUUAGGAGUGACUGGCUCCCUGUUCUCCACCCUGCCAACUGGAGCAGCUGCCGUCCAGCCCACUUCAGCCGAUAUACAGUGACCUCUUCACUGGCAUCUCAAAUACUACAGACUAAACCCGCAAAGUGUCGUUCUUCUGUUCAUAGGUUUUCAGAGUGAAAGGGACUGGCCAAGGACAAGUAGAUCCUCGACAUAUGGAAGCUGUUCACACCUGGACCUGACACUUACAGUCACAAGGCCUUGGCAAACCAUGGAUUUCCUCGCCUGCAUAUUCUCGCCUUAUUGAUUUAUGCUAGUUUGUGCAUUUUCAAAAGAAUAAAUUUUAAGGAAAAAAUAAACUGAAAUACGAAGGACCGCAACGAGUACAUUCUGUAUGCAUUUGUCUAUGAGCAUGCUUCUCUGUUAAUUAUAUAAUGAGGAUGAAUGAACAUGAGGAAUUUGGCAGUCGAUGCCCAUUGGACUAAACAAAAAAAAAAAAAACUGAAAUCUCUGAAUUUUCUGCCUGAGACAAUCAGAUGGAACUUCUCUGUAAAACCGGAACGUUGUUCAUCCCUUCCCAUCAUCCCGCUCUCUCCCGUUUCACAGCAGCUUCAUCUGAGCUCCAGAUAAAAGAAUAAAAAUGUGUCAGUUUUUCCUUUUUUUGUGAAAGUUGAAAAUUAAAGAUGGAAAUGCAAAAUUGCAUGCAUAUCAUUUUAAUUUAUAACAAAUUUGAAAGAAAAAAUGUUUUAUGGAAUAUAAUUGUGUAAAAGGCAAAUCUAGCAGUAUUUAAGUUCUUUUACAAAAAAGAAAAGAAGAAAAAAUAAAUGGUCAUUUUGAAA